AGCUGACAGCGCUACACACGUGUGUGUGUGUCUGUGUGUGUUGUCCGUGUGUUGUCCGUGUGUGUCGCCCGUGUGUCCGUGGCGAUGUCGCCGACUCUGACCCCGCCCGUGCUGUGGGCGCAGCGCCACGACUCGGUGUCCCUCAAGGUGGACCUCAAGGAGGUGUCGGAACAUGAAGUGGAGUGCAGGGGCAAGACGAUCGUCUUCAAAGGCUACGGCUACGGCGCCCAGGGCCAGAACCGCUACGGGUUCUCGCUGGAGCUGCUGGAGGCGGUGGAGACGCCGGCGGCGAGCGUGCGCGUCACGCAGCGCGAGGUCGCCAUCACGCUGCGCAAGGCCGCGCCGGCCUGGUGGGCGCGCCUCACCAGCGCCGAGCGGCGCCCCAACUUUGUGAUGCCCGACUUCGACCGCUGGAUGGACGAGUCCGACGCCGAGGAGGAGCUGCGGCUCGAGGAGAUGAAGAAUAUCGGGAAGGUCACCGUGGAGUCGCGCGUCCGCAAACACCCGCUCUCCACGCUGCACCGCGGCUACCUCUUCGUCUACAACUUGGUGCAGCUGCUGGGCUUCGCCUACGUGCUCGUCAGCCUCUCCGUGCCGCUGCUACUGGGACACGAGUUCUGGGGCUCGGCGCUCAAGGACGCCCACAAGGUGCUGCGCUUCUGCCAGGUGCUCGCCCUGCUGGAGGUCGUCCACCCGCUCGCCGGCCUCGUCUCCGCCGCGCUCAUCCCCACCGCGCUGCAGGUGCUGGGCCGGGGCUUCAUGCUGUUUGUGGUGAUCGGGAUGCACGAGCGCCUGAGCGCCACCAACGCCGCCUUCGCCGUCUACUACCUGUGGAGCGCCAUCGAGGUGUUUCGGUACCCGUACUACAUGCUGGGCAGUGUGGGUGUGGAGUGGAGGCUGCUCACCUGGAUCCGCUACUCACUGUGGAUCCCGCUCUACCCGCUUGGCGCACUCGCUGAAGCGGCGUGCGUGCUGAGCGCCAUUCCGCUGUUCGAGGCGUCCCAGGCCCUCUCGGUGCGGCUGCCCAACGUGCUCAACUCGUCCGUGCACUUCCCCUACGUCCUCUACGCCUACCUGGCCGUCCUCGCCGUCGGUGUCUGCAUCAACUUCCGCCACAUGUACAAGCAGCGGAGCAAGCGGUUCGGAGUUCGCAAGCGCAAGCGCGCGUGACCGGGGCGGCCGGGGGAGUUGUCGGUGUGGGGGGGGGGGGGGCGGGGGGCGCUAGCGCCGUGGAGCUGGUGGAGCGGGUCGCGGGAGCUCGGGGUGGAGUGACGGUGGCUUGACGUCUCCUCCACGUGGCUCCAGGUUCCUCUGCAGCCAUCAUCGUCGUCAUCAUCGCAGUCAUCGCCAUCAUCACGUUCAUCACAAGCAUCAUCGUUCGCGAACGCAAUCGUCAUCGCGCUGUGUUUGUCAUCGGCGCCGUCACCCUCGUCGUUAUUAUUACUGACAUCACGAUGGGCAUUGUCUCGUCGCCAUCAACAUAAUCGUCGCCAUCAAUAUCGCCGCCAUCGUCAUCUCCAUAAGCAUCAGAGCAAGCGUCAUCAUAACUGUAAUUAUCAUUCCUAUCACCAGCAUUUUCACCACUACCAUCGUCUUCGCCGUCCCCUUCGUUGUAGUUUGUGUGCAGUCGCUAGUUGCUCCGCGUUUGUUGGCGUGCUGCUGUGUGCGAUGGCAGUUGUAGCCGCGUGCUACGCCGCGUCCGGCUGGUUUUUUUUCCGCACGCGCGCCGUUCCUCCUUCCACGCAUUCCACGCGUUCCACGCGUACACACACACGCACGCGCGUCGUAGUCCGGGCGGUUCGCGUUCCGAUUGUCCACGUUUCAUCGCGAUUCUCGUGUCCCGCGGUGGAGACCGCCGGGGAGGGUAGGCGGCGAUGUCGCGACCGACCGAUCCGCAGAGAUUUUUCCCACGUCUCCCGUUCGCCACGCGUGCGUUCAAGUGGGGAGCGAUGGCACAGCGCUCGGCGCGCCUGGUUUUACAAACUCCUGGUGGCGAACAUUAAUUGGAUUUCCGGCCACGGCUCCCGUCGGUGGCUAGCGAUGUCUUGGUCCGGUACCUGGGUCUCUACCCCACCACCGCCUUCAUGAAGUGUGGUGAAGUGUGGUCAAGCAAUGCCUCCCCCCCUGUGACCGACACUGCGUGGGGAGGCCUCCAUCCAGCAGUGGAUUGACCGAGGAUGCCCCGUUAAACGAUUACAAAUAAAUGUUGAUGGAUGUAACGGGGGUUGUAACGUGAACGCUUCAGCCGCUUGACGCCGCUAUAUGCGUGCAUUUAAAAAAUGAAAAAAACUUGCAGUUUGUAAUAUGGAAUCUGGAUCACAUCGAGAUUCCGACUGGAAUCUGAAUCUCCGUCAAUCGUUACCAGAGGUCGCAAACGGGUUUUGAUUCCUUACCCGUACCCGGCCGCACCAGGGUCGCAAACGGGUACCCGUACCCAUACCCUACCCUAUACCCGGCUACCCGUACCCGGCCGGGUAUCGGGUAGGGUACGAGUACCCGAUUGCGACCUCUGGGAUGAAGCCAUGUUGCAGGCGCGGGUGGGUUGAUUCUAGGAACUUGAAUUGUGAGAAGAGACAAGACGUUGGGAAAUGAGUGACAAACGGUUACUCACCAGUGACUCACGGCCUACCCGUACCCGGCCGCACCAGGGUCGCAAACGGGUACCCGUACCCGGUCGGGUACGGGUAGCCGGGUAUCGGGUAGGGUACGGAUAUCGGGUACCCGGUUGCGACCUCUGAUCGUUACCCCUCCCUCCCCCAUCCACGUGGUUCACAUCGCGACGGCACGAGCACCUGCACGCGAGUGAUCUGUACAAUGAUGGUUACCAAUAAAGAUAGCGUUUCUAACUUCA